GGUGGAUACACUACUACAAGCAAUGAUUGCUUUAGCUCUGAUCUAGUUCUAUAUGAUAUAUUGCAAAACGAGUGGAGGACAUUGUCACUACCUGGUCUCCCUAGCAACGCCAGUCGCUAUAGUUACUCGGCGGUCUCCCCUGACAACACUACUCUCCUGGUGUAUGGUGGCUUCAAAGGCUCCACCUUUCAUGAUGUGUUGAUGUUUAGGGUCGGAAGGGAUUGCAGUGAGUAUGAUAGUGUCUCUUCUUGCAGUGGGUCAUUGUGUCGCUGGUUCAAUAACUCGACUUGUACUGACAUUAGUUUGGAGAAGAAUAUUGACACAGGCUCGUAUUGUCACCUUCACAUCAGUUGCUUAUCAUGUAAUACCAGCAGCUCCACCGACUGUCACUGGAUCAAUAACAAGUGUCAAUAUGUUGAUCCUACAAGCAAUACCACAGCUGUUACAUCUGCUACAGCUGUUACCAGCAAUGAUCCAUCUUGUUCCGAGUCUAGACCAGAUUCUUGUUCACAUUAUUUAUCUUGUGUGUCCUGUGUAGCUCAUGAAGCCUGUGGCUGGACUCAAACUGGGUGUACCUUCAGAUCUAAUGAUACAAUCACCAGCUGUUCAGUCAUUGCUGGUUGUUCAGGACACUCUUCUUGUUCAUCUUGUAGAAGCCAGCAGAAUAACAACUGUCUUUGGUGCUCUUCUCUUAAUAAAUGUGUAAAUACUGGAGUCUAUCCUUAUCUCUUUCCUUUUGGACAGUGUUUAGGCUGGACUCAAUCUUGCUCAAGUGUUACCGAGGACUGCAGUGAUCAUUUAACAUGUGCUGAGUGUAGAACGGAGACUGGGUGUGGUUGGUGUAGAGAUGAGUCUGAUACUGGACUAGGGACUUGUGGUAAAGGAGGUUUCCUCAAAUCUCUUAACGGAUCAUUCUGUGUUGAUACUCACUGGUUCUAUGAUACCUGUCCUUUGUGUAAUUGCAAUGGUCACAGUGAGUGUAUCAAUCAAUCAGUUUGUCUUGACUGUCAGAAUAACACAAGAGGUGCUAAUUGUGAAUCAUGUGAAGAUGGUUAUUUCGGUCGUCCUGUGAAUGGACGAUCUUGCUCUGUAUGUGAUUGUAAUGGUUACAAUACUGUCUGUGAUAAUUCCCGAGGUAACUGUACUUGUCUUGAUGCCGGAGUGACAGGAUCAACUUGUACUUUAUGUAAAGCUGUUGAGAACUAUCGGGGGAAUGCAUCCAACUUUUGCUACUAUUCUCUUUCUGUUGGUUUUAUUUAUACUUUUUUAUCUCCUGAUGUUGAAACACAGAAUUUCUUUGUUGCACGUCCUAGAUCAAGUAGCAGAUUAAAUGUCAAAUUUGAGAUAUCUAGGAAUCGUUUUGAUUCAUCUAUUUCAGUCCAAUAUUUCCUAGGAAGAUCAUCUCAGAAUUAUGCUAUUCUAUACAAUGUCACUGAUGUAUUGACAAUAAGUGGGACUAAUUCACACAGUGAAAGAUAUGAAUCCUUUAGUUCUGUUACCUUCAACUCGUCAAAUCUCUUCUCAUUUGCAAGACCUGAUAUUCAGAGCACAGCACAGUUUGGCUGGUUGUUUGGUAAUUCCAGCAGUAAUGACUUCACUAGUAACCUAUGGGAUGGGGACGUGGGUUUAGUUAUUUAUGUGUUCAAUUUAAAACCAGACUUACAAUAUAAGAUUACAGUUGAUCAAAAUGAUUUAACAUUUCUCAUCUAUUUCUUUGUUACUUUCCUUACAUGCUUUACAUUCCUACUCUCACUCUUUCUAUUGGGUUGGUACAUUAAACGAAAACUAGAGAUCCGUGCAUUAAUUAGAGCUCAGCAUAUUGAAAUGCAGAGGCGAGUCAGACGUCCAUUUGCUCGUAUCAAGGCAAUAGUGGACACUCCCUUAAAAUCCAGAGCUAAACAAACUGCUUCUUAUGUUGCUGUAGAAACAGUCAAUGACUCAAAGGCGGCCAUUUUAUCUGUAUUGAUUCGUCUUCCUUGCGAUAAAGCAACAGGUCAUCCCAAACCGAAUCGAACUGGGAUGUGUUUCGGUAGCACGUUUGUGAGAAUGAACCCACCAAAGAAGAAAAGAACUAAACACAGCAGCAGCAAUCAUAAUACGAACACUUAGAAUACAAGGAAAAUAUACUGACAUACAACCUCCCCUCUCCCCUUUAUACUGUCCAUAAUAUUCAUACAGUAUUCUUAUCAUUAAUUGUUGUUUAUUAUUAUUGUUGUUGUUUGCAAUUUUUUUGUUAUAAUAUAUAAUCGAUUGUCAUAGUGUAUGCUUUAAUAUCUAUAGAUUUUGGUAUUUUAUUUAUGUCUGAUUUAAUGUAAGUAUUAAAAUGAUUAAUU